AUGGGAGAGAAACAAGAAGGUGCCAAAGUUGAACAAGAGAAGAAGGCAACCACCGUUGUCUCUACUGAGACGACGGACAACAAGCCAAAGAACGGUGGCGGAGGAGAUUCAGCUGCAGCCCCUGCUGCGGCGGCUCCGUCCCCCUUUGUUUACAAAGUGGAUAUGCACUGCGAAGGCUGCGCCAAGAAGAUUAAGCGAAUGGUGAAGCACUUGGAAGGAGUCAAAGAUGUGGCGGCAGAUAUGGGUGGGAAUAAGCUCACGGUGGUCGGGAAGAUAGACCCGGUGAAGCUCCAGGAGAAGUUGGAGGAAAGAAUGAAGAGAAAGGUGGUACUCACCAACCCACCACCACCAUUACCGCCCAAAGUAGACGCAACUGCCGCCACCGCCGCCGCUGGAGAGAAGAAAUCCGACGGUGUAGAUAUGGCGGCGGCUCCUACUCCUCCUCCUCCAGCUGCUCCCAAAGAGAGCUCGGUGGCUUUAAAGAUCAGACUACAUUGUGAGGGAUGUAUUCAGAAAAUCAAGAAAAUAAUAUUGAAAAUCAAAGGGGUGGAGACUGUGGCUAUUGAUGCAGCCAAAGACAUGGUAACAGUGAAAGGAACAAUGGAUGUUAAAGAACUUGUGCCUCUCCUCACUAAAAAGCUCAAACGUACCGUCGAGCCUAAUCUUCCGGCUAAGAAAGACGACGGAGCCGCGGAGAAAAAUAAGUCGGAAGCUGCUCCUCCCGCCGCAAAGAGAGAAGGUCCGGCUGGUAGUGUUACUGAAGCAAAGAAUGAAGGAAGUGAAGCCGGAGAGAAGAAGAAAGAGGCCGGAGACGGCGGAGAGAAGAAGAAAGAGGGUGGAGAUGGCGGAGAGAAGAAGAAAGAGACCGGAGACGGUGAGAAGAAAGAAGGUGGCGGCGGAGAAGGAGGUGCGCCGGUGUCUACGGUGAAUAAAAUGGAGUAUUAUGGAUACUCAUAUCCAACGGUUCCAAUGUAUUGGCAAGAAGGACACGUGUACGGCCAUGGUUAUUCGACAGAGGGUCAGAGUUAUCCAGGUUCAGGAUACAGUUACGGGAGUGAGAGUUACGUGCCUUACUCGCAUCCAAACAUGAAUGCGGCUCCUGGAAUGUUUAGUGACGAGAAUCCCAAUGGUUGCUCCGUCAUGUAA